AUGAAUAUACCAUUUGUGGAUGUAUUUGCACAAAUGCCUAGCUAUGCAAAAUUUAUGAAAAAAAUACUCACAAAUAAGAAGAAGUUGGAGGAUUUGGGGACAUUGAUGCUGAAUGAAGAAUGCAGUGCCAUCUUACAGAAUGAAGUGCCACCUAAACUAAAGGACCCAGUGAGUUUUACUAUCUCUUGCACUAUUGGUAACAUGAAAUUUGAUAAAGUUCUCUGUGAUUUAGGUGCUAGUAUUAAGCUCAUGCCUUAUUCUAUUUUUAGAAAAUUGAACUUGGGAGAGGUGAAGGCAACAUCGAUCUCAUUGCAGUUGGCAGAUAGGUCCAUAAAAUUUCUCAUGGGAAUUAUUGAAGACAUAUUGGUCAAGGUUACAUUCAAUGUUUUCAGUGCUAUUAAGUAUCCUAUAGAAUCAGAUAGUUGUCUGCGCAUUGAUAUGGUGGAUUUGACUGUGGAAGAGACUUUCAUUCUUGAGCAUCCUCAAGACCACUUGGAGAAUCUUCUUGUGUACUCACGAGAUAAAACGUCAACGAUUGAAGAAGUAAGUCAGAUUGCAUACAUUAUGAAAUCGGCUCCACCCAUCAGGAGAAUACAGUUUGAGGAACUUGGUUCAGGACCAAGUAAACCACUGCCUUCUGUUCAGAAAGUACCAAUUCUUGAGCUCAAGCAAUUGCCAUCACAUCUGAGGUAUGCAUAUUUAGGAGAGUCGUCUACACUCGCUGUGAUUAUUGCAAACGAGAUGACAGAGUUGGAAGAGCAGAGAUUACUAAGGGUCUUGACGGAAUACAAAAUAGCCAUUGGGUGGUCUAUAGCAAACAUAAGAGGAAUUAGUCCAUCGAUAUGCAUGCACAAAAUCUUGAUGGAAGAAGAGUAUAAGCCAAUAGUGGAAAAUUAG